AUGCCAACAUAUGAUAAAUUUCUCAAGGACAUUGUUACCAACAAAAGAAAAGCUGAAAAGUACGAGACAAUUACCACGACAAAAGAAUAUUGCUCUUCCUUAAGCAAGUUGCCACCAAAAAUACAAUAUCCUGGCAAUUUUAUUAUUCCAUUUUCGAUAGAAGAAAAUUAUGUUGAGAAGGAACUAUGUGACCUUGGCUCAAGUGUGAACUUAAUGCCUAAGUCAAUCUUCUUGAACUUUGGAAUAGGAAAUACGAGACCCACCUCUGUUAUCUUGCAAUUAGCCAACCGUUUCCAUGUUCAUCUCGAUGGACGAGUCAAGGAUGUCAUUGUAAAGGUGGACAAAUUUGUGUUUCUAGUAGACUUUCUUAUAUUGGAUUGCGAGGUUGAUGCCACAACACCCAUAAUCUUGGGGAGACCCUUUCUAGCUACCAGACGUAUUUUAAUCGACUGCGAAAAAGGUGAGCUUACCAUGAGAGUGGCUGACCAAUGUGUCACUAUUAAUGUCUUUCAUACUCUGAAGUACAUGGACGAGGCUGAAGAAUGCUAG